AUGGAUUGGGACCAGUUUGACUUGAACCCUAAAGUAAUUGCUGCCCUUAAGAAAGCUGACAUAAAAUCAAUAAAGGAGAUUUUAAAUCUUUCUGGAGCAGACUUGCAACGAUUGAUGAAACUGUCCAGUGCAGACAUACAGUGCUUAUUGAAAACAGUCUCUCACAUGCUGAGGAGAAACAGUAUGCUUACAGCACUUCAGCUCUAUCAAGAUGAAGAUCAUCUCACCUCUCAGCACCAGAAGCUAAGCCUUGGAUGUUCAGUACUAAAUAACUUGUUAAGAGGUGGCAUUCCUCUAGUGGGAAUCACAGAAGUUGCUGGGGAAAGUUCUGCUGGGAAGACUCAGAUUAGUUUACAGCUGUGCCUUUGUGUGCAGUAUCCUUACAAAUAUGGUGGAUUAGAGUCUG